AUGUCGGUGGGAAGCGACUGCAGUGUUAUCUGUGGUCUCAUCAAGUUGGGAGAUAUCGAGGCCUUGAAGCGCUUCACUCCGGUAUGCUUUGACUGGAGUCUCUGUGACAGCCCCUACAAGACACCUGUGUUGCAUGCAGCAAUCUUGGAUGGUGUCACCCGUCCUGAGCUACAUGACAACAUUCUGGAGAUACUUAGCUGGUUGCUGAAAAUGGGUGCAGAUCCUCAGCAGAAGGCUCCGAGCAAUGCCAAUCGCUUCGACAUUUGGAAGACGCACCGGCCGGAAACCACGACCGUCACUCUCAAGUGCGCGGGGCACACGGCCCUAUCCCUUGCGCUGGCCUUGCGCGAGGCUUUGAUGGGCAGCGGCGUUGACUUUCCAGAUGAGUGUACCUUUUUGGAGGCAGUU